CUCCCUACCUCAAGAAAUUGCUGAUGGAUUUUAAACCAAUCUUGGACAAAGUGAAAUGAAUUCUAGGAUCUUCCGUUUACGAGUUUGAAGAGGGGGAAAGUCUAGGAGGCCAGCAACUUUGUUAAAUUCUGGCCAGCAUAUAACUAGCAAAGAAAAGUGAGUCAUUGGAUGAAAUGUCACACCAAUCUUACACCAUUAAAACCAUCAUUGAUGACUAUUUGAUAGCUAUAAAUCACAAAAAUUGAUGCCCCUAACAUUCCUCUUGAAGAGGAGAUAGUGAACUCCAUGGCUUCACUGAGCUGUAUCCUUACCAUUGGACCCCUUGUGUCACCUUAUUUGUUAGGACAAAAAGAAAGUGAAGAUUCUGAUGAUCUUAGUGAAAAUUUUUUGAGACCAGAAGAUUCUUGUCUACAAUGGCUUAAUGAAAAGGCAACUAGUUCGGUUAUCUACGUGGCAUUUGGUAGUUUAAUGGAGUUUUCACAGAAGCAAAUGGAUAACAUCGCAACUGCUUUGAAGAACACAAAGAAACCAUUUCUCUGGGUGAUUACGCCACAGAAGGGUGGUGCUGAAUUGCCGCAAGGGUUCUUGGAAGAAAUCAAAGAAAUGGGGUUAGUGGUGACAUGGUGCCCUCAGGCGAAGGUGCUAAUGCACCCUGCGGUGGCUUGCUUUGUAAGCCACUGCGGGUGGAACUCAACCCUGGAAGCGGUAACGGCCGGCAUACCGAUCGUUGCCCUUCCAAACUGGUUGGAUCAACCGACGAAUGCUAAGCUUGUAGAAAAUGUGUUUAAGACUGGGGUGAGGAUGAGGAUUGGGGAAGAAGAAGAUGGGGUUGCGAGCGCUGAAGAGGUUGAGAGGUGCAUUACGGAAGUCAUGGAGGGUCCCAUGGCUGAAGAGAUUAAGAUGAGAGCAGUGGGGCUAAAAGAGGUUGCACGGAAAGCGAUGGUGGAUGGUGGUUCGUCAGAUAGAAAUAUCAAUCGGUUUGUCACCGAAAUUUCUGGAAAAUCCACUUAGAAUAGUCAAGUUGCAUUUGAAAAAUACAGUCUUCUAUCCUAAUAAAUUAGUCCUUAUAUACUUUUCAAUCCCAUGCUUCAUCACGUUUCUUGUAAUAGUUUGGCGACAUAGUGAUAGAAAGUUUUGUGCAUAGGAAACUGCAUGCGUAGGCACUUUUUGUGUGCGUACACAUCAGUAGUCUCAUGUGAC